AACCCCUCGACACAUUUGUUACGUUAUGCAAGAAAGAAUAUGAAGCCUCUCGCUUCACGUUUCUUGGUCCCAUUUCUUCUCCAACUUUCAGUUUUAAUUCUCCAUUUUUCCGUCACAGAUUCCAGUUACCUAAUCUAUGGCGAAGCGCUUACCAAAUCGAUCUUGUUUUUCGAAGGCCAGCGUUCCGGUUUCCUCCCCAACGACCAGCGGAUGAAAUGGCGAUGGAAUUCGGCCCUCGGAGACGGUUCGGCCAUCAAUGCCGACCUCACCGGCGGUUAUUACGACGCCGGCGACAAUAUUAAGUUCGGUUUUCCGAUGGCGUUUACGACGACGAUGUUGGCGUGGAGUGUGAUUGAGUUCGGAGAGUUGAUGCCGCCGGUGGAAUUGAGGAAUACGCUGGUGGCGAUACGGUGGUCCACGGAUUAUUUGCUGAAGACGGUGGCGCAACCGGGUCGGAUUGUUGUACAGGUUGGUGAUCCAGUAAUGGAUCAUAACUGUUGGGAAAGGGCAGAAGACAUGGACACGGAUAGGACGGUGUACAUAGUGGAUGCACCAAACCCGGCCUCAGAUGUGGCGGGGGAGACAGCAGCAGCUCUAGCAGCUUCAUCCAUUGCAUUCCGCUCUUCUGAUCCAGCCUAUUCCCAGACCCUUCUAACAACAGCCACCCGAGUCUUUGAAUUUGCUGAUACUUACAGGGGGGCUUACAGUGAUAACACCAACAUCAGGAGUGGUGUUUGCCCUUUUUACUGUGAUUUUGAUGGAUAUCAGGAUGAAUUGUUGUGGGGAGCAGCAUGGUUAAGAAGGGCUUCAGAGGGUGCAAACUACCUUGAUUACAUACAAAACAAUGCUAAAACACUUGGAGCUGAUGAGAACAUCAAUGAGUUUGGAUGGGACAACAAGCAUGCUGGUCUAAACGUUCUUGUUUCCAAGGAAGUUUUGGAAGGGAAUGUGUACGCUUUGGAGUCUUACAAAGCAUCAGCUGAAAGCUUCAUGUGCAUACUACUACCGGACUCGUCUUCACCUCACAUUCAAUACACCCCGGGCGGCCUAAUUUUCCGGCCCGGUGGAAGCAAUUUACAACAUUCAACAACAAUCGCAUUCCUCUUGCUAGUUUAUGCAAAAUAUUUAGACCGGUCACCAGGGCCAGUAGUAAAUUGUGGUAACAUAAGUGUGGGAUCCGCUUACCUUCGCGGAAUGGCCAAACGCCAAGUGGAUUACAUACUAGGUGAAAACCCUAAUGGGAUGUCGUAUAUGGUAGGGUAUAGCAAUAGGUAUCCGCAACGGAUUCAUCAUCGAGGAUCAUCCCUACCAUCGAUUUGGGACCAUCCUCAACCCAUUCGGUGUAAAGAUGGCACUUUUUAUUUCAACUCAUCUAACCCUAACCCCAAUGUUUUGGUUGGUGCCAUAGUUGGUGGACCGGGAGAGGAUGACACGUAUGACGAUGAUCGAGUUGAUUUUAGAAAAUCCGAGCCCACAACAUACAUUAACGCACCAUUUGUUGGCGUGUUAGCGUUCUUUGCGGCUAAUCCUAACCCUAGUUAGCUGUGUUGUUGCACUAGAGACGUUUUUGAUGUUAUGAAAUAUGAAGGUCGGAUUAUAUGUCACCAAACAAACGUUUGGGAAGGAAGUCUCUCGUCUUGUGCUAAGCCAAGAGAGCAGAGAUAUAUAUAGUUUUGUUUUUAUGUUCUCAAAUGCAAUAUCUGAUUUGUAGUUUUAUUAUAUGAAUUUUAGUAAUAGAUUUCAGGUGAUUA